CGUCGUCGUAUAUAUACACUGUGUGGAGUUGCCCUAGCUCAAAGCGCCCAUACUGAAAUGACCAGAGGAUACACUUGAGCAGACAACCUUAAUUAGUGCUUUUAGCACGCGGUUGCGUUCAUCAUAUCCGUAGACUUAUCAACUGCUGUCUUCAAAAGACAUUCGAUAUUAUUGACUUCACUUGUUGAACGCGUUUAACCAGCUUUGUUGCUCGAUAACAUAUCGGAAACACCUUUUUCUUAUCUUGACUUGGAUAUCCAUCAAUACGCAACCAUGGUUGCCAUGACCAAGAGAGUGAAGACCUUCGAAAUCAUCUUCAGCGAUCCUAGCAAGGCUUUCUAUUGCAGUGGAGACAAAGUAGCUGGGAGGGUCGUGGUUGAGGUGACCGAAGUAACUAGAGUCUCGGCUAUGAGAGUGUGCGGAAUCGGAUGCGCUAAAGUGGAGUACGCCAAAGGGAAGCAGAGAUGCCGAGAGGAAAUUGACUACCUGAAGUAUGAAGACGUGGUUCACCUUGAUGACCAGCCAGCUGAUACUGAUGGAUCAGUUAUCCUGAGACCUGGCAACAAGUACGAGUACAUGUUUGGCUUCGAGCUGCCGCAGCAAGGGCAAAUCGUGUCUUCUUACAAGGGCAAGUUCGGCUUUGUGCAGUACUAUGUCAAAGCUGUGAUGGAGAGGUCCUCCCAGCCUCCUCAAGAGUGCAGGAGGAACUUUGAAGUGGAGGAACCCCUAGAUGUCAACACUCCUGACCUGCUGUCCCCCACUGGCGGCAUGAAGGAGAAGAAGGUCACCUGCAUGUUCAUCCCAGACGGCCAGGUGUCUCUGAACGCCAAGAUUGACAGGCGUGGCUACUGCGAGGGCGAGGAGAUCAGCAUCAACGCCAAGUUUGAGAACACCUGCUCCCGCAUCGUGGUGCCAAAGGCCGCCAUCGUGGCCAAACAGAUCUACCAGGCCAAUGGCCGCACCAAGGUCUUCCGCCAGAAGCUCUCCUCCGUCCGCGGCAACCACAUCAUCUCGGGCAUGUGCGACGCCUGGCAGGGCAAGAGCAUCCGUGUGCCCAAGAUCAAGCCCUCCAUGCUGGGCUGCAACAUCAUCCGUGUGGAGUAUGCACUCAUGAUCUACAUGCACAUUCCCGGCAGCGAGAAGCUGAUCCUGGAGCUGCCCCUGGUCAUCGGUACCGUGCCUUACAACGGCUUCGGCAGUCGCACCAACAGCAUGAGCAGCCAGGACGGCUCGGUGAGCAACGCUUCCAACAGCUGGGUGUCGCUGCGCAUGCCCUCGGCGCCGCCCAGCUACUGCGACGUGAGGCGCGACGUGCGCCUGGACCAGCCCCUCACGCCCCUGCUGGACGACUACGACGGCGACGACAGCCCCAUCUUCAUGGACGCCCCCCACUUUACCUUCCCACCCCUACCUGCCUACUCAGAGGUGGAUGAGGAGUUCAACAGCAACGUCCGUAUGCUGCAAGUCUGCUAAGCUAUCUUCUAUACCUCCCACUGGGUCUGUGGUGGGGGUCGCCUUCUACUCUAGGCACUUGAACUAGUUCACCAGAUUGAACUCAGGAAAGACGCGCUCAAACAGCCCGUUUUAGGCCUGUGGAAAAGGACUGGUGGAAUUGUGAUUUUCGCGGCCACGGGGUCCGGGGGACCAGUUGAGGGGAACAAGAAGUGAAACAAGGAAGUUUGUGCUACUCCGUGCCUGCGCUGUCAGCAACCGUAGUUAUAAUUUUUUCGCAAAGCCAUCUGAGCUGACCACUCUAGCACGCUCUCUUCUCCAACCUUACUGCUGUUUCCGGGUUUCAGCGCUUGAACGAAGGCCCUGCGAAGUCGCGUGGUGCGCCGUAGUUCACUGUCCUUAAGCUGCUACCCCUGUGAACUUUGAGAGUUUGGAUGAAUCCACGUGUACUGCUGAGAAUUGGAAGCAUGUCCGUCUGUUGUAGUACUAGUCAAUAGACAUAGACACUCCAUGACUUUCUCUGCAUUUGGGACUGAGCUUUUCCAGGUAGUCCCCACAUUACUAAGAACAUGCCCACUUGCAUUGUUUUUCUCUGUUUUUUUGAGCAUGUCCGUCCUUCAUAACCAUUCUAGUCAUUCCAUUUUAAUAUCGUGGGGCAUUUCAUUUUGAGGAACCAUCUUAGCUCCUUCGCUCAUUUCUGUUGUCAUUCUAUCACUUAAUAAUGUUUGGUUGCAAUUACUUAUGACAUAUACUCCAUAUGGUGAUAAAAGUCCCCAAACUAUAUAACGAAGGGGCUGCUAAUGCAGAAACUAGACCAUGUUAUCUCGCAUACCAUUGUUGUAUUAAGCUGUCUUGUUUUCCUUUAUGAUCAUGAUGCACUUUUUUUGUAAUGGAUGCAGAUCAUUCUCUCGAUGCCUACAGAGAGAUGUUUCUGUUUUUUCUUCGUUUUUUUUUUUGUUCUUCCCAGUCUUCCAUUUGACUUUUUCCAUGCACUGUAAGUUUUGAUUAGUCUAACAAGCUAAAGCACAUCGUUAUGACCUACCCCAUGACCUGCCUCUGUAUGGUGAGCACAAACCUCUUACUAGCAAGGGCUAAAGCGAUCGUCUCGGAUUCUGAACAAGGGCUGAAUCACUAGGCCAAAAGAGAAAUGUUGACACUAAAAGUGCCAAAGUGGGUUGCCUGGAGGUGCACAAAAUGACAAAUUAGGAACGGCACCUCCACAAAAAGAAUAACGUUCCUUGUGGGAAAAUAAAUUUUUAUUCAAGAAAUCAUUUCACUCAGGACACCAUCGUGAGCAUAUUCUGAUGGUGAAUGUUCUUUUUUGUUUCUUGUAUUAAGUCUUCAAACUUCAUUGCUCGAAAAGCUUCAAAGACUGAUCUGUGAAAUGCACAUUUUGUUGUACAUGUCGUGGAAAGUGUUUCUUUUUGUAUUGGAAAAACCUAUGGGUUAGUUUUCUAUAAAAUAAAAAGUUUCAAAUUAA